AUGUCCGAAAUAUCCAUGGCUGGCGUAUCGGUUGGGUGCCGGGUUCGUUUGAUCAACUUGCAGAAGUCUGAUCUCAACGGAUGCACGGCGGUGGUGGUUUCACUUGGCGAUCGUGUGGCUGUGGAACUGGAGAAUGAUCAACGGAUUGCCGUGCGACCGCAGAAUUUGGAAGUUCUGGAAGCUGACGGUGAGUUAGAUGAGUUAGCGGUUGGGAGCAGGGUGAUGAUCAGAGGUCUCCAGAACCGCCCGGAUUUGAACAGCCGCCAUGGCACCAUUGUCAGCCCCAAGACAUCGAAUGGACGUUGGGGAGUGGGGAUUGGGCCGCAGAAACUUGCCAUUUCAGAAAGCAACUUGUUGCAGCUUCCAUGCCCACCUCACCUUGGUGCUCCAGCCACACGUGCCAGUCUACACCGGCAGGAUCUCAUACUCCUACACCUAGCAGCCAGGUCGCCUGAUCCGUCAUCCAUUGCCAUGGCUGAAGAUCGAGCAGAGCUGCAAGCUGCUUGCUGCCUCCGGCAGAAACUCCUGUUCACUUGGGGAGUUUUACCAUCAGAUCCCAGGAGCUGUGUCAAUUUGGCCCUGGCUCCAACGUUAGUCUUCGGUAUGCUGGCUGCGGGCUUGGAGCUGAGGGAGGCCGACUUGAAGGUGCACUGCAUCGGUGCCACGCCAGACUUUGAGGGCUGUGCAGAUUGGUCCGGACUUGGGGAGCUGUUGGCUGCAGCAGGAUUUAUCCGUCCAAGGGUGGUUGAGAUCACCUAUUUCGGUAACCAGGACAACUUUGUUCUGCCCCAGGGAGUGCGUACAUGGUCCAUGAUGCAAAAGUCAACUCGGUCCACUGCGCCAAAAGUCCGAAUCCGGCAGUUUGAUGAGCUUUACCAUGCAAAGGAGAGGGAAACGCCGGAUGUGGCGCUUCUUUGCCACCCAGGCUUUGACAACUACAAGGAGCUUUGGCAUCCAACCUUGGGCAUCUUGUUUCGUCUCAAUGUCCCAUUGAUCGUUGCGGGACACACGAAUUUCCUGGUGCCCACCCAUGAUGCACUUGCACACCAGGAUCUUGGUUUGAUAGGGCUGGGCGCCAACCUCCUUCGACCACAAAUUUGGAACCCUUUCUGCCAAGCCUACGAGGAUCGAACCAAAGGCUCCUUGUUGGCAACACCCGGGCAAGAACACAAUCAUUGCAACCUGGGAUUGAUCUCUAUCUGCCGUGGUGGGGACUUGAAACCAUUUGAGGAGGUGGAGGCUUUCUUCGAAGUCGUGGAUUAUGUGGCCGUUUCAACCCAGGGUUUUCUGCCUUUCGAAGCUUUGGGGCCCCAACUUCAAAGCACUUUCCUGCGGCUCAAGUAUCCACACAUGUCAGAUGCGGCGCGGGCUGCUGCAGUCCAGUUGUUGCGGGACUUGACGCAGGGCACCUUGCAAUGUCGCUCUGCUGGAGAACUUGUGACGCUAUUGGAGCAGAGAGGCGUGGGUCAACACUACGCGCGAGGUCGAGGCAACUGGUGA